AUGGUGAGUGCACGCCGCCUGAAGGAUGACCCGCUAUUUGGAGUUGACUCUCGGUGGAGUUGGAUCACCGCUUUCUUUUGUGCCUGGGUGCUAUUCCUGGCCAUGGCAACGCCACGUAUGGCCGGCAUCUUCUUUUACGGAAUCGUCGACACAUUCAGGACGACUAGAGAACAAGCUUCGUGGCCGGUGUCCCUGCCCGGUAGCUUCACAGUUUUAGGAGGCACUGCAUCUUUCGGCUUGUACGUUGCUUCUAACGUAUUGCUUUCCCAGCAUUUUGAGAAGCGAAGAGCGACGGCCAGCAGUGUAUUGUUUGCUGCGUUUGGCUUGAACUCUGUCUUUAUUACGCCACUCAUCGAGUUCUUCCGAACGGUGUAUGGAAUUCGUGGAGCGUUUCUUGUUUAUGGAGCCAUUCUCCUGAAUGCGAUUCCAGCCGUUAUCGUUCUUAGAAGUCCACUGUGGCUAACCAACUCAAACGUUGAAAGGAGUGCUACGAACAAUGAGGAGAAUGAGACAAGCGCGGCGUGCGUUUUCAUUCAGCCGGUAAACGGAGACGUCAGCGUGGCGAACUCUACAGAAAGUAAUUGUCCUUACGCAAAUCAGCGUUCAAACUUUGAGCAGUCCGUAGCAUCUUGCGCUAAACCGCCCGACAACUUGUCACGCGCCGGUGUGUUUCCACCCAUAAGCUCCGUUGAGCUGAUGGAAGCCAAUAAGACUGUAAUGAGCUUUACUCUUCCCACAGUCGCAAGGCAGUUAUGCACCUUGUCUUUUCUUGUAUAUGCACUUUCUUUCGCUGUCGUAAUUUUCAUUGUGGGAAUAUUCACUACGAUUGCGGCAGACCUCGCCAGUGACCGAGGUCUGAAUCCCUCGAAUGCGGUGUAUUUCCUACAAGCUUUAUCGGCAGCUGACAUUGCGUUUAGAUCGGUAGCGGGUAUCGCCAUCGAUUCGCGUAGGUUGUCGUUAGAAUCAGUCAUGCUACUCGGAUACGUUGUGCAAGGACUCAUUUGCGAGUGGCUUGUCUGGGCGAAUACAUCACCACAAAUCGUUCUAGCGUCUAUACUCUUGGGGGCCACGUAUGGUUCAAGAACGUGUCUGCAGGCGCCUGCAUUGGUCAAGAACUUCGGCAUCGGCACGUUGCCGGUGGUUUUGGGCAGUGUGCUUUUCUGCACGGGCGUGUUACUUCUCUUCCGACCUCCACUUAUCGCCAAAACGUACUCGGUGCCUUUGGAGACCCUCAAUCCUCAUGAGCGAGCGCACCACCACUUAAUAGCAUUUAGGUGGAGUUGGCGAUCGGCGCAUCAUGGCAGCACAGCUAUCACAGCAGCACAGCAGUACCUCACUGGCGACCACCGCAACGGUGGGGUACCGCCUUGA